GCUUCCCGUCCCGCCCGACCUCCCCGCCCGAGGUCUUUUCUCCCGGGCGGUCAUGGCGGGCAGCCUGCGGCAAUUCGCGUUCGUGGGCACGGCGGUUGCCGUCACCGGUGGGGUCGCCUAUGUUCUUUGGCGCAAUUACCUCUCCACCCAAGAGCCUCCGGGACGCGACGAUCAGCAGUCUCGGCUCCGGGUGCAAGAAGAAGGCACAGGGCCGCCGGCGGGACAGGAUAUACCAUCGAACAAGCAAAUCUUGGUUCUAGGCUUAGAUGGGGCAGGAAAAACCAGUGUUCUCUAUUCACUAGCAACUAACCACGUAAAGCGCAACACAGUUCCCACCAAAGGUUUCAAUGCAGUGUGCGUCAACACAGAAGAAACAAAGAUGGAAUUCCUAGAAAUUGGGGGCAGUGAGUCUUUAAGAGAGUAUUGGAAGAUGUAUAUGCCGAGAGUCCUGCUGCUGAUCUAUGUUGUAGACUCAGCAGAUCACGAACGCUUCCCAGUUGCAAAAACACUUCUUCAUCAGUUGGUCCAGAAUAAUUCUACGUUGCCAGUAAUGAUUCUAGCCAAUAAGCAGGAUCUUGCAGACGCAUAUUGUAUCACAGACAUUCAUGAUGCUUUGGCUUUAUCUGAAAUUGGAGACGAAAGGAAGAUAUUUCUGAUUGGUACACAUGUGGCAAAGGAGGGCUUAGAGAUCUCUUCCGGCUUGAAAGAUACCCGGGAACUGAUUACACAGCUGGUGUCAGAAAUUCUGUGAUAAUGAGACAGAAUGGAAUGCCAUAAUAGGACAUGGAAUGGCAACUAUGAGUAGCUCUCUUCUAAUCUUGAUGGCAGUCAGACCUCAGAUACAGAAUUGCUAUGAAAAUGGUUUUGAAAUGGAAAGAAAUGUUUUGUUUAGAAGUGCUUUAGCAGAAAAGAAGACAGUAUUCUCUUGAGAGCCCAACAUUUCUACAUGUAAUAUGUAUUUCUCCGAAACAUUUCUUUUUCUAGGUUGUUUCACAUGUGAUCACUCCUUCAAUUUAAAUGCAUAUUUCUGUGUCAGCUUUCCUUUAAAAAAAUACUAUUGUGUAGCAUUUCAGAGGAGGCCAAAGUUGCUAACCUGGCUAAAUACUUAUUAUCUCUAAUAUACAGGGCAUAGAGAAAAGAUUAUACCCUAAGAGUGUUUUAGGGACUAGAGAUUUCAUGUUCAAAUAACUCUGGAGGUUAUAAAUUAUUUUCUUACUUGAGAAAAUUUAAUGGAAAACAUAUAUAGAAGUAUACCUAUUCAUGAUCUUUCCUUGGGACACUCCAGGGGAGAAUAAUUAAGCAGAACUACUCCACAGUUCUUUUAGUAUUAUCUCAGUUUUGUUUAUUAACAAUGCUGAAUUCAAUUCUGGAAUUUAAAAAAAGUAGGAUAUAGUAGUGAUACUUUGGACUUUGGUGUUUGAGGAGCCCUUUUCGAAAUACGAUUAGACAAGAAAACAAAUUUACAGAUUACAGAAAAAACCUAGAUCCCUCACUUGAGGCAAAAAUAACCAAGUUCAAAUUAUAUUUUAAACUUAAGAUGGACCAUUGAGAAAUCUAUAAUUCUGGGAAAUUGGCAGGAAAGAUGAUGGACUUGAUUACAGAAGUGGUGGGGCACCACUGAAAGGUCUAAAUUUUAGGGACAGAAAACAACCUGGAGAAAGUCUAGGAGAUCUAAACAUCUUAAUCUCCACUACCAGUAAACUCCAUGCUCGCAUUUCAUCAGCUUUAGCAUGUGUUCAAUUACCAUCUUUAAAAUUUGGUUCUACCAAUUUCUUCACUAAUGUUUAUUUACUAUUUAAUCCCUCAAAGUCGUAUUUCUAAAAUCAAGAGAAAUGAGACCUUCAAAACUGGCUUUUCAAUCAAAUAACCAAAUCCCAAGGCCAUUAUUAAUAAUAGUAGGAUAUUAUUAGAUUAUUAUUAGAUAGGAGGACCCAAUAAUGUGGCUGUGUUCCAGCAUUUUAACAUCUCAGACUUCUGCCUAAUCGGGUUGGUUCAUUGGAAAUCUAAAGAUAAAAAACAUUGAUAUGGCGAAUGAGUGAGAAUUGAUAUGAGAAUGAAUAGGGUGGUGUUUGCUUCAAUUGGUAAAAUUUACCCUGAAGAUCUUCAGUAGAUCUACUCCAGGUGAUAGGGUACACUCACCUUUUUGUGCUCCAGAGGAACUUCUAUUGUAGAGUUCAUGCUGAUUUCUGAAAAUUCAGUCCCUGUUUAAAUUUUAGUAUUAACUUCCACCUUGACAGUAAUCACUUAUCAUUAAUAGACUCCUUUGCCUUGAGUCUACAGAAUAGGACAACUGCCUCUCAACCUUGCUCCCAUCUGUUUUGUCCCUCAUCUGAUAGAUACCAUCCAAUACAGUCUAGUACAGUGUUCCUCAAAGUGUGAUCCUUUCAGGAGCCUGCAAAAUGAAAAAUAUGUGCCAGCUUAUGUUGAAAAAAAUACAUUAUUAAAAUGCCAUCAAAUGAAAUGAAGCACAUGUCAAUUUAAUACAGUAAAUGUUGAUGAAUGUAACCUGUGCAAGUAACAGCUAUUUUGGGGUUCUUUGUAAGUGUUAAAAGUGGGAAGGAAUCCUGGGGGGGGGGGAGAAACAUUAGUAAAAUACUGCAUCUUAAUUUCUUAAAUCGUAGUUCAACCAUUUGAAACAAAUCAUUGGUAAAAUCAAGGAUACUUUUAACAUUUUUUGCCACUGUUCAAAAAAGUGACUGAUUUACCUCAGAACAGCCUAAUCAAACUCCAACCCAUUGUUCAAAUAAAGAGCCCAAACCUUGGUUUGUAAGAAUAGUGUUUGAGUGAAGGCUAUAUUAAUCCAGUUUAUAGAAGUGCUCAGUUCAGCAAUGAUUCUCCCUAUCAUGAAACAUUUCUUAUACUAAAAGUGUGAUAAAAACAUUCCUUAGAGAGAAAAGACAAUACUAUGCAUUAAUGAAAUAGAGUUCCAACAGGCAGUAACAAAUAAAGAUGAUUGUUCUGGCAUUUUAUAUUAUGCAUCCUUUGGUAGUGAUUCUCUUGGCUCACCAUAUCUGAUGCAUACCCAGGUUGGUCCCCAGCUUCACAUAACCAGAUCUAAAACUGAUUUUCCUGUUUUAAAAAUGGUAGACCCCAGGUCAAAAUAGGAUUAUGCCAGAAUGGUUGAAAACAAAUCCUUAUUGAUGAGUCUCUCUGUUAGCCCUCCUACUUACUGCCAUUAAUAAUUUUUCACCCCAAAGAAUUGGAUAAUUCUAACACUUAUUAUACAAGUAAGGUGAUGGGCAAAACCAAUUAAUUAUUGCCUAAUUAAAUUAAAUAGUAAAUUCUAUGCUCAAUUUUUGACCAUAAACUUUUAUAGACUGCUUGUAUUUGGAGAAUAUCUUGGACCCUGAACCAGCAUGCUUUGGACCAGGAUAUUCCAUCAUGGAUCAGUGUGCAAUUCUGCACCAUUUAGCUGCAAAGUAUUCCUAGCCUAAUGUUGCUCUCAUUUAGGUCCUUGAGGAAAUUACCUGCAACAAGCAUCCAUUGAUCAUCACUUGUCAAAUUUUGCUACAUCAAAAUGCAACACGGGUUAGAGGCAAUUGUAAUGGCAAUUUAACAACUCUGUCCACAGACAGGUCAAACAGUGCGAUAACCUUGACGCUUUAUUGUUUAACCUCUGCAUAAAUGACAGUGAUGUAACUCUUUUUAUACUAUUUCACUACUCCCAACACUUGCCUAUUAACCUAUUUCAAUCCUCUUGUACAUAGGAGAUGCAUCCAUAUUAUCUGUAAUUUGAAAGGAUCUUCAGAGGUGCCUAGCUGCUAUAAUGUCCUGUCCUAGGAAAUUUCUUGCUAUCAACUACUAUACUCUCAAGUUUAGAUAUCUUUAGAAUACACCUUAAGUCCCUUGUUAAAUGGAAAAUUAACUAAUUGAUUAGGUCAAGAUUGGAGAGGAGAAAUAAGAGGCAGUUGAGGAUGUUUUAUUAUAAUGUCAGUUUUAUAGGUCCUGCAUGCUGGCUUAAUUCUGUGCUAAAUUUUCUACUAGAUAGACAAGAUAAGCAUUUCAUAUCUGAGCUCUGGUACCAAUGUUACUCAAUAGCUACAUUUUGUUCUGUUAAAUACAGUAUGAAAAUCUGCUUUGGGCUGAACUCAAUGAACUGGGGUAGUCACCAAAUCCAUAUAGGGUUAUACAAAUCUAACCUUUGAUUAACAAGGGCAAUUCUGGCACUCUGGUUGCUAUGGAUAAGGAAAUCAUUGCAGUCAUCAAGCAAGGAUAUCACAUGAUUGCCAUUUGCAAUCUUCUGCCAGGUUGUCCAUUGACUUUGUUGGAAAUCAGCAAAUAAGGUUGCCAGUGGUGGCUGCCUGAGGGCAGGAUGCUAAAAUGGUAGAAAUUCCAGGACUAGGCAAAAGUACCACUGUUCAAAUGGUUGUUAAACGAGUGAUUGUUAAGCAGGAAGCACCUUAAACAUCCAUUAGAUUGUCAAUUAUGCCACUUUGUUCUAUUUGUAACAAAUACAGCUUGGUUCCUCAAGCUAUAAGCUCAGGGUGACAUUUCAUUUUAGUUUUACAAAAAUAUUAACAAUUUUGAUUUGAUUUCAGGCUUAGCUGGUUGGUAUAUUUUAGAUAGUUCAUAUGGCUCUUACCUCCUAUUUUUAUAUUGUAUUAUAUAAUUUAUUUGCUAUGUUAUCUCAUGGUUUUGAAUUUCUGUUUGUUACAUUGAUUGGUCAUUUAAUAAUACUAGCAGUCUUAAUAUAAAUUCCUUGAAGAAUUGAGAGUGUCUUGAAAAGUUUAAGUAUCCCAUAUAAAUUGGGAUAAUGUCUUUAUUUUUCAUAUAACAUCA